AUGGUCUAUCACACCUGCUGCAUUCUUCUCUUCAAGCCCUUCCUCAUCAGACCGAAAGAGGCACCCGUAUUACCAAAGACAGAGACCAUCAAGCGACUCGAAGAACUCUGCGUCGAAUCGGCCAAACGUAUAUGCCACGCCGGCAAGAAGUACAGGCAAGUGUUUGGAAGCUUCCGCAAGAGCCCAAUUUCGGCUACGCACUGCAUACUCACCGCCACGCUGGUUCUCAUUCAGUAUGCGAGACCCGAACCCGAAUUCGCAAAUACCGGCAGACCGUGCUGCACCUUGUACAUUGAAGCGUGCUUGGAUAUCCUGAGCGAGCUGUCAACAUCAUGGAAGCCGGCUUGUAGGAUGAGGGUCGAUCUCAUCAAGUACCUCUACCAAAAGUACCCAGAGAGGAUCCCAAAUUCACUGCUCCAGAGUGACCGGAAGAACUUGGCAAAGCUCGCUGGAAAGGACACGGAAAAUGUAUCGGUGCAUCCGCAGCAGACUCUUGAGCAGAACCUCUGUCCACUUAUGAAUACCAUUGCUCAAGACUUCAUGUGGGAUGGUGCGGGCCAAUGGGGAUUCAAUGGCGGUUCAGAGGCUGCCUAUAAUACGCAGUUCGCUCUAGCGGAUGCCAUUAUUGACAUCAGCGGGCAGGACGGAGAAGCUUUCAUGGAUGAUGCUUUCUGGGAAGGAAUGAGCUUUGAAUUUAGCCACGAGGCUCAGAUAUAG